AUGGGGAGCCACGGACCUGACCAGCUGAAUAUCCCCUCACGAGAGCGAGUGGAGCCUGGAUCCUACAAUAUCCCGCUCGGCAAGUUCCCCGAGACAGCCAUCAAGGCCGCCGACAACCCUGACCAACUUGCGAUGGAAAUCAUCGAUCGUUUGAACAAAGUAUUGGACCAGAAAGACACCAGCGCCAUCGCCCAGCUGUUCCUUCCGGAUGGCUAUUGGCGGGACCACCUGUGUUUGUCAUGGGAUUUCCGGACCGUCAAAGGCAAUGAUGCUAUUGCAAAGUUUAUCACCGGGUGCUCCUCCUCCAUAAAGAUCGAGAUUGAUCGGUCGUCGACUUUUAAAGCACCGCAUAAUGGACCCAUUGAUGCGCUGGGUGAUGUGCAUGGAGUUGAGUUCUUCAUCAAGGUGACGACCGGGGUUGGCAAGGGACAUGGUGUCGCCCGUCUAUCUCAGGAGGGCAAUGAAUGGAAGAUCUUCACCCUGUCGACUACCUUACUAGAGCUCACCGGCCAUGAAGAGAAGACAAACGGUCGUCGUCCAUUGGGAGUGAAGCAUGGAGUGCAACAAGGGCGCCAGAACUGGCAGGACAGACGAAUUGCCGAGCAAGAAUAUAAGGAUAAAGAGCCUGCUGUGCUCAUCAUUGGCGCCGGUCAAGGCGGUCUCACCGCAGCAGCUCGACUGAAGAUGCUCGGCGUGGAUGCGUUGAUCAUCGACCAGGAAGAGCGAGUCGGAGAUAAUUGGCGUCGCAGAUAUCACCAGCUAGUCUUACACGACCCAGUUUGGUACGACCAUCUGCCAUACAUGAGCUUUCCCGCCAACUGGCCAGUGUUUACGCCCAAGGACAAACUGGCUGAAUUUUUCGAUUCCUACGUCAAGCUGAUGGAGCUGAACGUGUGGACACGAACCAAUCUGAAGUCUGCAUCGUAUGACGAAAGCCAAAGGCAGUGGACAGUUGUCGUUGAGCGACAUUCGGCUGAUGGCGCGGUUGACUCGCGGACCUUCCAUCCACAUCACAUCAUCCAGGCCACCGGUCACUCGGGCAAGAAGAACAUGCCCAAGUUCAAGGGGAUGGAUACCUUCCAAGGUGACUUGCUGUGCCACAGCUCCGAGUUUCAAGGGGCCAAGCCCGAGUCCAGAGGUAAAAAGGCGGUUGUGGUUGGCUCCUGCAAUUCCGGACACGAUAUUGCCCAGGACUUUGUCGAGAAGGGAUACGACGUGACGAUGGUUCAACGAAGUUCGACGUCUCUACGAGGAAAAUGGUCCCCUGACCGACGAUGCGGAUGCGUAUCUAUGGAGUAUCCCCCGGAGCUGUUCAAGACGCAGCAAGUCAAAAUCACCGAAAAGAUGAACAAGAAUGACACCGACACUCUCGCUGGUCUGGCCAAGGCCGGCUUCAUAGUGGACAAAGGUCCCAUGGACGCCGGUCUCCUGAUGAAGUAUUUGCAGCGUGGUGGUGGUUACUACAUCGACGUGGGCGGCAGCCAAUUGAUUGCCGACGGCAAGAUCAAGGUCAAGCACGGUCAGGAGAUCACCGAAGUCCUCCCACACGGUCUAAGAUUCGCAGAUGACACUGAACUGCAGGCAGAUGAGAUUGUAUUUGCCACGGGAUACCAGAACAUGCGGAGUCAAGCGCGCGUGAUCUUUGGCGACGAGAUUGCCGAUCGACUGGGAGAUGUAUGGGGUCUUGAUGCCGAGGGUGAGAUUCGGACCAUGUGGCGUCGUAGUGGCUAUCCUGGAUUCUGGUUCAUGGGAGGGAAUCUUGCCAUGUGUCGAUAUUACUCUCGCCUGCUGGCCUUGCAAAUCAAGGCCCUCGAAGAGGGGAUUGCCUCGUACUAG